AUGGAAAACAGCAAGAGUCGAUCCUCGAGCCCAGCUCUACCUAGAGAGAAUGUUUCCCCAAGCAGCUCUGGCCAAAUUGAAACACUCACAGAAGAGCAGCACGCCCUCAUUAACAGCAUUGGCAACAAACAACUAGCGAGCCGUCUCCAUAAGCGCACAUUGAAGAUCUUCACGAGGGAAGAGCGGUUGGACGCUAUUGAGUUCUACCGGACACACGUGCAUAUCAACCCUCAGACAGGCGAAGAACACAACAUUUCGGUUGCCAGCGCGUCCGAGGUACUUCAUAUCAGUACAUCUACGUUGGAGAAGUGGAUUAACGAGGAAACAAAGAUCACAGCUAUGAAAUGUGGAAACUCCAGAGACGAUGGUGGAAGAUAUUUGUCCGCGGCCCCCAUGUCUGAGCGGUUCGCAUCCGGACAUUAUCCCUUCCUUAGGCUAACACCAGAGCAACUCUCAGCCAAGAAAUACAUACAGGGAAAAGAUCUUUACAAGGUGCAUCCCAUUACCCAUCCGGUGCCGUUCAUAAGCAUCGAAGGCGGGCGUCGUGGCAAGAUUAAAAGCUUCGCAGAUGCGUAUAAAUUUCUCGGGCAAGCAGAGGGCACUUCACAUCCCGGGCAUCCUCGUGAACCUGGCUUAGGUUCGGAGAUACGGUUGCGACAGCCUAUUAACGAGGCUGCUGCUCCCCCGUGUCUCGAAAGUUCAUCAGGGCAUAGCCUAAAGUAUGAGAACCCAACGAUACAGAAGGUUAACUCUCUUUUAUAUCACCUUGCGCCCGACUAUAGUCUCCGGCAACCUGGUCUAGGAAGGUGUACACCGUGCUAUAAAGAAUUGGGGGCCUGUGUUAGUGUUAUAUGCGAGCAUUUGGUCACUGCCAGUGAUAAACUUGAGUCUGCCAUUCCGGUCCGAAUCGGUUUCGACUACGAUGAGCCCUUCGAAGGUGCGCCUCCACAUUGGGCCAUAAAACUACUGCACAGGACAAAGUUCAAUAUUCUGUUACCUCUGUCGCUCUGCCUGAGGGGUUCGGUCAAGCAGGAAGUAGUCCCAGACACACUCUUGCUCCAAGGUUGGACGACAGAUUACGAGAUCCUGAAGUGCAGGACGCGAAAGCGACAAAGAAAUGAGGACAGAGAACACGCAAUCAGGUACUCACAAGAGUUCUACCGGAAGUCUGAGCCUAUUUUUGAAAAGUUUAGGCUGGUCCCAGUGCUGUAUAUCGAAGACAUCGAGAUGCUCUUCUUGAAAUCGCAAUCCUGGAGACCUCGUCGAUUCUCCCCAACAUGGACACUUUAUAGCACCGUUCUACAUUCCAGCUAUCGUUCAGGAGACACCUUGACUCCGAUAUACGGGAAAUACACAGAUAUUGGAUUAAUUGUCGAUGCGAUUGUCACAAAAGCGCCACAAGUGUCUUUCUCCGCUCCGGCAGUACGGCCAUUUCAGCUUGUUUCACUGGAUCACUUUUCUCUUAUUCCCCAGGUCUCUGAAAACACAGUGUUGUCUCAAUUCUCUAAACACUUAGAGAUUUCUGACACACCUCCAAGCGGGGAAUUGAAACUUGAAUAUAUCGAGGAAACACUUGCGCAAGAUGCCCAAACGACCUGCAAGCGCGAAUUCCGUAAGAAGCUCGUGCAUGCAUUGAAACUUAGUGUUCGAAAGAGCCUCGAGCACAUUAAUGGCAAGAAAAGGUGUCUGUACUAUACUUGCCCAGAAUCACAGGAGGCUCCGGUAUCCUACUACUGUCGUCACCAUUCCGAGGCGCUUGUCAACUAUGUGAUGGAUCCUGUCGAGCCACUAGAUCAACUAGCUUACCACGUCCAAAAGCGGGAGGUAAAUAUCACGGACGAGACUCAAGACAGCUUACGGCAACUGAAAAUAUUGCACGAAAGACCUGAAAAAACUUGGAUUCUUGAUUUCGAGUACAUAUCGUUGCCGAAGAGGUAUUCGCCCAUUCCACUGCAGCUUGCAAUCAGACAAUUGGACGGAAAGCUGCUAUAUCAAGGGAAUAUUGACUACGGUCUGUCCAUGAAGGAGUUUAUGGAUGCGACAUCCUCGUAUGUAUCAGCUAAGCACGGAAUGAUGGGAACUCUUUUCCUAAGGUGCUAUGGUGGCCUCAAUACCAACGGAGAGACGUCACAUCAGGUUAGGGACCAGAUCAUCACAGUGUGCGGUUACAAUCCAAAGGAUACUAAGAUAUUAUCUUGGUUUGCGGCCCAAGACAUGCAGUGUUUCCUCCGGAUCUUGGCAGGGGGUAAUGAGUUAGUCCAGGAGAAGGUGUCUCACGAGGGCCACGAUAAUUUCCAGACAAUCAACAUCGGACUUCUUUGCCGAAAGCUGUUCCCUGGUCUCCCCUCAACAACCCUUCAGUCAGUGCACGAAUUCAUGGGCGCAAGCGAAGGGUAUUGCGGAGAAUACCAUACUGCGGUAUAUGACACGAAAGCGAUGGCAGCAAUAGUGAAGGCUCUUGUGCAGUUAUUGUAA